AUGAACUUCUUAAAGCUCCUUAUCCUUAAUUUCUGCCCAAUCAACAUAUUCCGGCUGAAUAUGGUGGAUAAAUAUCCUCACAUUUUCAGCAACUCGCUGAUACAUGUGUUUAAUAAGGCUCUGGAGCAGGAUGAAAAGGGAUACGUUGCAAGAUUCCGAGAAAUUUUCGAGAUUCCAGAAUCAGAACAGGUUCUUAUCUUCAAUUAUUUUAGCUUUGAGCACUAUUAUAAAACUAAUCUCAAGGACAAGGAAUUGUCAUACUCAACGCUGUUUAAGAUUAAUAAAUACGGAUGUGUAUAUAAAACCGAUGUUCCAGUUUACCGAGCACUUAACCUGUUCGUUGAAGGGAAAGUCUUGGAACACCACUACCUUUAUCACACUAUAAUAAUAAUUAUCGUCACAACGAUAUGUCUGGAAGAAGAAGUGGAAAACGUCUUCGGAGGAAUAUCAAAGAAACGGAUGGAUAUUGGAUCAGGGUUCUUUAUAGCACAAACAGGUGCAUCAAUCGCUUUAAGCAGACGGAAAAAGAACAUUUGGACGAUGAUUAAGAAGAAUAUAAUCAUUUUAGCAAUAGCAAUUAUAAGAACAAUAACAGUUGCAUGUUUCCACUAUUCCGUUGAUGAAAGGGAAUACGGGAUACACUGGAACUUUUUUUAUACACUCGCGUUCACAAGAUUAUGUAUCUUUAAUCAGUUUAAUAAUGAUUUAGUCGUGGAUAUCAUCAAUAGAUACUGUCACGAUUAUGUAAAGUACUCAUUGCCGUUUGUGAUUUCAAUAGUCUACGAGAUUAUACUAGUUUUAACAGGAGCAAUAAACAAGUUGCCCCUUUUGGAUCGCUCAAACUUUAUAUACGCGAAUAGAGAGGGCUUCUUGAGUGUACCCAACUCUAUUAGCGCGUCACUUUUUGUUUUUCUGGUGACCAAAGCGUCAAUUCAUUAUUACAAAAAUGCGAGGUACAAGGAAAAUGAGCUGAUUGAAACUGUUGGAAGUUACCCUCUGGUGGUUUACCUGGUUGCGAAUAUCAUCACAGGACUAGUAAACUUGAUCUUUAAACCAUACCUAAUGCCUCUUCCCCUUUUCGUCAUGAUUCUUUUUGUUUACUUCUACCUCUCAAUCUCAAUUGGAUACGUCUUCAAGAAGUUCAGGCUCAAGUCAAUAACACAAUGGCUCUAA